GGGAAGUAGGCGGGGCCGGCCCAGAGCAGCUCGUGGGGAGCACUGCGGCAAGCUGGCAGAGUGAAGACCUGACUGGGGACCAUCUCACCCCAGCCUAGCUGCAAGCCCCCCGGGAUGCACUGGGCAUGGCCUCUGGAGCCCCACAGAACAGCAGCCAGAUGGCCUGUGACAGCGAGAUCCCAGGCUUCCUGGACACCUUCCUCCAAGACUUCCCAGUCCCACCGAGCCCGGAGAGCCCUUUGCCAUGGAAGGUCCCAGGGACAGUACUGAGCCAGGAAGAGGUGGAGGCUGAGCUAGCUGAGCUAGCAAUGGCCUUCCUGGGCAGCAGGAACGCUCCCCCACCAUUUGCUGCAGCUGUGACCCACAAGGCAAUUUCCCAGCUACUACAGAUAGACCUUUCUGAAUUCAAGAAGUUGCCUGAGCAAGAGGAGGAGGAGGAGGAAGAAGAAGAAGAGAGAGUCCUUGUGACCUUGCUAGAUGCCAAAGGCCUGGCCCGAAGCCUCUUUAACUGUCUUUGGGAAGUAUGUAGCCAGUGGCAGAAGCAGGUGCCAUUGUCUGCCCAGGCUCCUCAGCGGCAGUGGCUGGUCUCUAUCCAUGCCAUCCGGAACACACGGCGCAAGAUGGAGGAUCGGCAUGUGUCCCUUCCUACUUUCAACCACCUCUUCGGCUUGUCUGACUCUGUGGACCGUGCCUACUUCGCUGUGUUUGAUGGCCAUGGAGGAGUGGAUGCUGCGAGGUAUGCCUCUGUCCACGUGCACACCAAUGCGUCCCACCUGCCGGAGCUGCUCACAGACCCAGCAGCGGCCCUCAAGGAAGCCUUCCAGCGCACUGAUGAGAUGUUUCUCUGGAAAGCCAAGCGAGAGCGACUGCAGAGUGGUACCACAGGUGUGUGUGCACUCAUCACGGGAGCAACCCUGCACGUAGCCUGGCUCGGAGACUCCCAGGUCAUCCUGGUACAGCAGGGCCAGGUAGUGAAGCUGAUGGAGCCACACAAACCCGAGCGACAGGAUGAGAAAGAACGUAUUGAAGCACUGGGUGGCUUUGUUUCUUUCAUGGACUGCUGGAGAGUCAACGGGACCCUGGCAGUGUCUAGAGCCAUUGGGGAUGUCUUCCAGAAGCCCUAUGUGUCUGGCGAGGCAGAUGCAGCAUCCCGAAAACUAACAGGCUCAGAAGACUACCUGUUGCUUGCCUGUGAUGGCUUCUUCGAUGUUGUCCCCCACCAGGAAGUCUCGGGUCUUGUCCACAGCCACUUGAUCAGGCAGAAGGGCAGCGGGCUGCGUGUGGCUGAGGAGCUAGUGGCUGUGGCCCGUGACCGGGGCUCCCAUGACAACAUUACAGUCAUGGUAGUCUUCCUUAGGGACCCCCAAGAGCUGCUGGAGGGUGGAGCCCAGGGAACAGGGGAUGCCCAAGCAGAUGUAGGAAGCCAGGACUUGCCCACUGGCCUCUCGGAACUUGAGACCAAUACCUCACAGAGAAGCUAAGUGGUCCAGGCCCCAGGCCCCAUCCUGACUCUCCCUUUGCCCUUGUGAUCCUCCCUUUCAGAGACCUUAGAUCCAACAGGUAGAGUGGGCAGGGGUGCGCACUCUCACAGCGUUCCCUUGCACCCAGCCCUUCAUGCUGCCUUCCACAGUCUGUCCUCAGAACCACAUGAACUGCAGUAGGCAGCAAGUGGAUCUCAGAAUGAAGCAUAGGAAAUGACCUCACUAAAGAGAAGUUGGCUGAGGUGGUCUUGGCAGUACAGGACUGAGGACAGAAACCACAGGCACCUGUUGGCAGCCUAACCACAAACGCAGGCCAGGUCUUAGGAGACCCUCCCACAGACCUUUCAGGCCCGUCCUGGGGUAAGAUCUGCAGCCAGGUGUCUGGCCCAGUGAGAGUUUGUGACUUCUCACUAUACCCGUGGCUGGGAGGCUUUGGUCUGUACUGACAGACAGGCUCACAGUCCUGCUUGGCUGCUGGCUUCCCAAAAAGGAGACGUUGGCCUUGCUGGGAGGAGCCCCAGAGGAUUGGCCCACUGCCACUCUUAAGUGAGUACUAAGGCCACUAGGGUCUUCUAGACCUCUCUUUCCUUGAGCAUCCAAGGGAGGGGAUGUCAGACGUGUGUGUGUUUUAUUUGUGUGCUUAGAUUUAUUGCAAGGAAAGGUCUAAUCCAGAAUCAGUAUUCAGGUUUUAUCAGUGCCAAGCUGACCCACAAGGUCAUGUAAUUUAAGCUAAGCUUAGCAUUUAUUUUGUCCCUGAAAACUUAAGUAUUUUACUUUUUUAUGUAUUCAUGGAGACAUUUGCAGUAUUACUGAUUUUGUUUCCCUAAAUCGGGAUGGAAACAAACUUUUCUAGGUUGUGUUAAUAAGCCAUUGAAGUGCCUUAAACAGCUUUGGCGUAGAUGAGAGCUGCUGGGCCCACCAUGGAUCCUGAUAGGCAGACAUGUUCAGUUGUCAAAAAAGCAGCCUUUGUUGUGGGAAGGUAUGCUUUGGGCUGACAUGCUUUCUGGGAAGGUCCCUUUGUGUUUCUGGGCACCUCAGAACUUCCUUGAAGUGAUCAGCAGAGGCUGUGACUGUGAGCAUCUGAGGUGACAGUGGCCUCCUUGCCUACCCUUGGGAUCUAGCUGGAUUCUAUCUAGGAAGAUCUUACUGUUCUUGGCUAGAAGUUUCAGAAUCUCUUGGUGUAUUUGCAGUCACAUUGAGUCGUUGAGGACAGUGCAUGGUUAAGGAACUUUGGCAAGCCCAGCGGUCCACCUCCUUGGGGAGGCUGCUUGCAGUCUGCCACCAUGGUCGCCACCUGUCUCCUGUGGCUGAUGUGACUGUCCUCUACCUGAGCAACGUGAAAGAAAGACCUCCACAUCCCUGGAGCAGUGGAUGGGAGACUCAGCAAUGAUGCCUGGGUGAUGUAUCAAGAAGAGCUGGGAUGUAUCAAAUCAGACAAGAAAGCCAGGCAGAGGGAGGGACACCCAGAGUAGAGGACCAAGGAGGGCCCGAGGGAGGGUCCAGUGUGAGUCGAGGCUGCUCUAUGCAGACACCAGUAUGUCCAGAGGAUAAUGGGUGGCUUAGCAGAGGCUCAGGGAGGGCAGCGUUGGGAAGAGCUUGGCUGUGAGGGCCCCGUGGAGAGGAUGAUAGUCCACCCGUAGAGAGCAGAGCCUCAGCAAGGCUGCCAGAGCUUUGCUCAGCACACCUAAGCCCUGUCUCAAAAGAAGCAAGGGCACAUAUGCUUUUGCCCCUGAGGCAAAUCCACUGUCCAGCAGUGGUGGGGGGCAGCUUUGGUUGGGCACACCACCUGUAUGCUUAGCAUUCACCCAUUCCUGCAGCAGGGAUGGAGGAGUUGAGACCAUGUAAUUGAUUUCAUGGUCAAAGUCUAAUAGGAGUCAUCCUAAACACUCAGAUAAUUGGCCACCAUAAUGACUGUGUAUUGCUCAUCUUGAAGGCCUGGUGCCCUCUCUCAGCACAGGGGUGUGGUUGUUGGUCCAGCCUUCCUGUAGCAAUGACCUUGAUAGAAGGAGAUACUGACUUUGGUUUUCUCCCUUUUUUGCUAAUCUUAUUCUGUUCAUUGCUGGUAAGAGUGGAAUUCAGGCCCCAUAGAUGUCCCUUGAUGGUCUGAUUCAUACAUACAAGGUUGUGCCAGAUAUCAAGGCCUAGGUGUAAAGGGAAGCCCCUUUCCCAGGCUUCUCUUGAGUGCCUCCCCCGUCCCCUCAGUCCAUCUGCAGUGGUGAUAGCCAAGCCCCUGCUGGGUAGUAGUCCAGGACCAGCAUUAGGCGCUGCUCCAUCCUUACCUAGUGGCCAAGGGAGAGCACAUUGCGUGCUGUUUAGGGCUGGCCUUGUGCUAGUUCAUAGACACAGAAAAGGACUCUUCUGUCGUGACUGGAGCUGCCAGUAUCUAGCCUAUAAGACUUCUUGGCCACUCCCUCUUCAGGCUCUCAUUCCAAGAGGAUCCCCUAGCCAGAAUGUUCCUACUUCUUAAGUCUCAGCUUUGCCGCCAUCUCAUUGCAUGAUCUGAACAAGUCACUGUACCUUUCUGGCCUCAGUUACCCUUUGGCAAGGCAUGGAAGGGGUAUGCAGCAUACCAGUCCCUCCAGCCUGGAGUUUUAGAGGUGUAGGAGCUGCUCAAGGUGAGCAGCUGCCAGAGCAGAGGAGCCCAUCCUCCACCGCCAGAAGAGAGGGGUUAAAGUAUUACUAGAGUCUAUUCUUAAAAUUAAGUGGGCUGGAAAAGAGCUGAGUUACAGAUGCCAGUGUCUUGCAUGGAUACAAAAGCUAAAGCAGUCGGGCUGCCUCCCAGCUAAGCCCGUAGGAGUAAGAGGUGGGAGGGCACAGGCAGGCUUUCAGGGUUUUAGUCAGAAACCAGCAUAGGACAUGGUGUGUUUUAAAGGGUGUGGAAGCAACGUACUUGCAGCCUACCUUUGGGCGUCUCGGGACUCAUGAUGGGAGAGGCACAGGCACCUGGAGGGCUUGGGAAAGCCCUUGCCCCUGCUGGUCACCAUGAUCUGUCUGCCCCUGCCCUUUUGGGUCUUGCAUGCAGUGCCCCCUCUCCCCAUGGUAGGUUUCAGCAUGGGGGUCCUGGUUUCCUCAGCUGUAUUCUCAGGGCCAGGAGGACUGCCCUGGCCAUACUGUAGGGAAGCCAGGCCAAAUUGUAUAAAGCAAGCUGUGUUUCAAGCUGUGCCUCUGUAAGCCUCCAGGGAUCAUCUUCCAGAGUCCUGUGCUUUCGCUGGCCGCUGCACCCCUACCAUGCACACUGAGCUUUGCCAUUUACAUGCGAUGUGGGCCUUGCCAAGGGUUUAUUCAAGGGGCUUCCUGGGAGUCAUGUGCAACAGCACGUAUUGUUCUAA